AUGGCCUCCCGCCUCCUCCACCUCCACCUGCGCCGCCGCGGGCGCGGGCGCGGGCGCGGGCGCGGCGGGAGCCCGGCGGGCAGCCCCGUGCCCGCGCUGCCCCUCCUCGCCGCGCGGCUCCUCUCCUCCUCGUCCCCUACACCCGCCGCAGCUGGGCCCUCGUCCUCGGCAGCGGGCGGCGGCGGGGGCAUCGAGAAGGUGCUGGUGGCGAACCGGGGCGAGAUCGCGUGCCGGGUCAUACGCACCGCGCGCCGCCUCGGGGUCGCCACCGUCGCCGUGUACAGCGACGCCGACCGCGGCGCGCUGCACGUGCGCGCCGCCGACGAGGCCGUCAGGAUCGGCCCGCCGCCCGCGCGCGAGAGCUACCUCAACGCCGGGGCCAUCAUCGACGCCGCGCUCCGCACCGGCGCCCAGGCUAUCCACCCAGGAUACGGUUUUCUUUCAGAGAGUGCUGAUUUUGCGCAGCUCUGUGAAACUGAGGGGCUCAAAUUCAUUGGACCACCAGCCUCUGCAAUCCGAGAUAUGGGGGACAAGAGUGCAUCCAAGAGGAUCAUGGGUGCUGCUGGCGUGCCGCUGGUUCCAGGAUACCAUGGGGCUGACCAAGACAUUGAGCUGUUGAAACUUGAAGCGGAUAAAAUCGGUUAUCCUGUUUUAAUCAAGCCCACCCAUGGUGGAGGGGGCAAGGGGAUGAGAAUAGUCGAAAGGCCUGACGAAUUUGUGGAUGCUGUACUGAGCGCUCAACGGGAAGCUGCAGCAUCAUUUGGUGUAAACACACUAUUGAUUGAGAAGUAUAUUACUCAACCAAGACAUGUAGAAGUCCAGGUAUUUGGCGACCAACAUGGGAAUGCAAUAUACCUCUAUGAGAGAGACUGCAGUCUACAAAGAAGGCAUCAGAAGAUUAUCGAGGAAGCUCCAGCUCCAAAUGUGACAGCUGAGUUUCGGUCUCAUAUUGGUGGAGCUGCUGUAUCUGCCGCAAAGGCAGUUGGUUACUACAAUGCUGGCACAGUGGAGUUUAUUGUGGAUACUCUUUCUGGAGAGUUUUAUUUCAUGGAGAUGAAUACUCGACUCCAGGUUGAGCACCCAGUGACAGAGAUGAUUGUUGGUCAAGAUCUUGUGGAGUGGCAAAUACGUGUUGCGAAUGGAGAACGACUGCCAUUAUCUCAGGAGCAGGUUCCAUUAAAUGGACAUGCAUUUGAAGCACGGAUAUAUGCUGAAAAUGUUCCAAGAGGGUUUCUCCCUGCAACAGGAACCUUACAUCACUACCGACCAGUCCCUUCUGAUCCAACAGUAAGAGUUGAAACUGGAGUCCAAGAAGGAGAUACAGUCAGCAUGCAUUAUGAUCCAAUGAUAGCCAAACUUGUAGUAUGGGGUGAAAGUCGCACUGCUGCACUAGUCAAGCUAAAGAACUGUUUAUCAAAGUUUCAGAUUGCAGGUUUGCCAACCAAUGUUGGUUUCCUCCAAGAACUCGCAAGCCAUAGUGCCUUUGAAAAAGGCCUAGUUGACACUCAUUUCAUUGAACGUUAUAAAGAUGAUCUUUUGAGUAUUUCUACGAAGUCCUCAGAAGAAUAUCAUGGUGUAGCUGAGCUUGGUGCAAUUUUGGCUGCUGCAUGCAUUUGCAAGAAGUAUCACAUUACAUCUAAAGAAUCACAACGAGCCAACAACACACUAUCUGUAUGGUACAAUAAUCCACCUUUCAGGAUGCAUCACUUUGCUAGGCAUCCCCUGGAUCUUGAGUUGGAAGAGAAUGAUGGAUUCAGUGAGAAACUUCUUAAACUGUUCAUUACUCAUAUAUCUGAUGGAAGCUACUUCAUCGAGACAGAAGAUGGCACUUCUGGUUUAGAUGUCAAAGUUGAUCACAAGGGUGACCAUGAUUUUCGUGUCGAUGUUUCUGGUCUGCAAACCGAUGUGACUCUAGCAUCUUAUUCGAAGGGCAACAGCAAACACAUACAUGUCUGGCAUGGGAAGCAUCAUCACCAUUACAGACAGACUGCAAGAGCUGAGCAUGUAGUUGAUGAUAGCUCCCAACCUAGUCAUGCUUCUGAAGGGAAGUCACAUCCAAAAGGGAGUGUUCUGGCACCAAUGGCUGGUUUGGUUGUGAAAGUUUUGCUUGAAGAUGGGGCACAGGUGGAGGCAGGGCAGCCUAUCAUGGUUAUGGAAGCAAUGAAGAUGGAGCAUGUUGUGAAAGCGCCUCGUGCCGGAUAUGUAGAGGGCCUGAAGGUUACUGCUGGCCAACAAGUUUUUGACUCCAGUGUCCUUUUCACAAUCAAGCUAUCUAUAAUGGUUUGA